AUGGGGAUGACUUUUUGGAUUGAGUGUCUAGUGACACUGGUUGUUGUAUUUAUAGCUACUGACUGGUUUUUAACUUCAGUAGUCUUUUCAUUUAAAAGGGAUUUGAAUCCAAUUGCUUUAAAAGAACAGGCUAGUAUAUCAACUGUUAGGAAAGAAAAAGAAACUGCACAUUAUAGAAAUUAUUUGGUUCCUCAUGGGUUCCCGUUGACCACAGGUUUGAAUCUAGCUAUUGGUUAUAGACAUAGAAAUGGUAACUUUGCUGAUAUUUGGUCAACUGCUAUGGAAUUGGCUAAGAAUAAUUCAAUCAAGUUUACAAACUAUGAUAGGGAGUACUCUUUACCUCAGAUUAAUGGUAUGGCAAAUCAGAUAUUGAAUAUGCAUCUUGCAAACAAUUAUAAACAAAUUGGUAUUACUGUUUCAACUUCAACAUUAGAAGGGUUUACCAUCAGUAUUGCAGCUAUGAUUGGAUCAAUAAAAAAUGACUUGAUUCCUCACUUCCUAUCUUCAGUACCACGUCAAAAGAUCGAAAACGUUGAUGUGUUAGUUGUAAAUAGUUGGAAUUCUUUAAAAUUAUUAAAUGGCAGUGAAUCAUGGUAUAAAUUGAUCAUAGUAUGCGAAAGUUCAGCAGAACGUCCAGCAAAUCUAAAUAUUGAUUUUGACGUAAAAUCAUGGGAUGAAUUGAUAGAUUCAUAUGUAGAACAACCUGAAUUUAAAUACACUUCCCCAGAGGAUAAAUCAGACGAUAUGAAACCUUUUCUGCAAGUUACCUCCCCAUGGAAUGAUACAACAAGUUUCACACAAAUGUCCAUUGUCAGUAGUGUUGCUGCAUUUGUAAGAAGUUUCCCAAUGGAUAAAGAAAUUCAACCUAAAGAUACAUUGAUGGUUGUAGGCUCUUUAGCCGAUGCCUCAUCAAGUGUACAGAUUUGGAACAAGAUGUUAGGAACGUUACUUUUUGGAGCUUCACUUUCAUUCACAACAAAAUACUCUGUUACAAUGGACCAACCAACGAUGUUAGUAAUAUCAAAAGAAGAUACCCUUGAAAUAUUGAAGAAGACGAUUAAGUAUGCUGAUAACAGCUUCUUUUCUAGAAUUAAACUAUCUUGGUCUACGACAUUAUUAAGUGAAGGCAUCCUAACAAACUUCGCCAUGUUAAAUACAUCAGAAUCCUCUGCCACACUUAAAAACCUAAGAGUAGUUUACGUCGUAUCCUCAAUUGUCAAUGCAGAGGUAGCUUCAUCUUUAACUGGUAAAAUUCAAAAACGUAAGUCAAUGUCCUCAACAUCGAUUACAACAAGAGAUAUGAAUAUCCUUAGAGCACAACUUGGAUGUAGAGCAGUUUCUGAAUUAUAUUGUCCUUUCCUUGUAAUGGGUCCAUUAUCUGAAACUCAUUACUUUGAUUACAGAGUCUUACCGCCAUCUGUCGAUACAACCGUAAGCAUGAAUGGUACAUUAGCAACAACUUUGGAAGGAAAAUUAGUCGACACCGAAGAAAACCCAGAUUUAGAUGUUAAAUCGAGACAAGGUAUGAUUUGUAUUCGUGGGUUCUCUAUUGGUAGACCAGUUGAACAAGAAAGGUUAGAUAAAGCUUUAAAAUUAUGUGAAAACUAUGGAGGUGGUGAAGGAUGGAUGCCACUUAUUGGAGUAUACGGAUUGUGGGGUAAUGAUGGUUGUCUUUAUGUCUAUAAAUGA